UUCUUUAUUCUUACGCUGAGAGCGAACGCAAGGCGAAUCCGAAAAUACCAGCACUCACAGCUGACAGCACCCUCCUUUAAUAGGGUUUAUUUCUAAGGCCUUUAUCUCUUCAGACUCUCACUCACUUCUUCAUCAAACAAAUUAUUUUCAAUAAUUAAAUUGAUUAAAACACUCCUUUCAAUAUCUAGGGCUCGUUUUUGGAUUCUCUCUAUCGCUUGAUUUGCUUGAGUUGAAGAUUUUAUGUGUAUGACAAAGAUUUGAUAUUAGCUCUGUUUUUGGGGGUUUUGUCACCGUAUAAGUUUAAACAUUGUGAUGUAUGGUCAAGGGAGUUAUAAUUCUCAGUUUGGGCAGGGUCCUAAUGCUCCUGUGCCACCACCAUACCAGAGGCAGCAGAUGCCUGGUCCUCCUCCUCUUCUUCCUAAUUUCCAACAAGGCAAUGCAGCCCCACCUCCUUCUGUAAUCCAACCCCCUGCCCCUCCUAUGUAUCAACAUGCUCUUCCUGGCCCACCUGCUGGGGUUGGUCAAGUUCCACCCAUCUCUAUGCCUAACACAAGCCAAGCUUUUUCCACUUCGCACUUAGGGGCUCCAAAGAUGCAUCAUUUGCCACCAUCAGUACUUCCUCAUCUUCCUAGACCAUUACCUCUUCCUCCUCCUCGGCCAACAAUAUACAGUGGUCCAGUGCAUAUGCAGUCUCAGCAGCCUGGUGGUGUGCAAGAUCUUCAGCGUAUUCCACCCCCUCCUCCUCCAGCACCUACUUCUAGCUUUUUCACUUCCAGUUCAUUCGGAAGUUUUGUGCAGUCCACAGGUGGAAACUAUCGUCCCUCCAUUGCUCCCUUCCCAGCACCACCUCCACCUUCUUCUCCUCCACCUAUUCAACCUUCUCCACCCUCAUCGACCUCUCCCUUGUUGUCUUCUAUGCAUCACCCAGUUGGUUCCAACUUGACCAAUGUCCAUGAAGCAUCUGGCACUAAGUUCAGUACUUCAAGUUUUGUUGGUAGAAAUUUGGCUACCAAUGAGGGAAAACACGUUGGAGAUGUUACUACCAGUGAGUACAUAAAACAGGAAGGUUCUCUAGUUGGAGAUAGUUCAUCAUUAGGGGGCCAUGUGAUAUUGGAUCUUCCUCCACCUCCAACUGUCCCACGAGAAGGAAAAGUUGUUCAGAAGAUUGAAGAAGUAUGCAAGCUUAUUGCUAAGAAUGGUCUUCGUUAUGAAGAUAUGAUUUGCCAAAAUGAAUCAGGAAAUCCAGAGUAUCAAUUUUUAUUUGCUGGUGAUCCAGGAAGUGAAGCUGCAAUUGCUCAUGAGUAUUACAUGUGGAUGAAGAAGAAAAAUAAUUUGGUUGGUAAAUUGAAUGGAGAAAAAAUGGAUUCACGGCUGAAGCCUUUGGUUUCCUUUUCAAGUCAAGCUGAUAGUUUGGUGGUUGCACCUGGAUCUAUUUCACCUGCUGAUUCGGACAUGGAGAUGGAAGAUGAUAUCACCCAGGCUGUUCAUGACAAGGGGGGGAAUUUCUCAGCUGAAGGUACAAACAACGAGUUUGAAAUGGUUCAAUGUGAGCUUGAUGCUAAAAAGCAGUUACAUGUACAGCAGAUGUCAACAUCUGGAGAAGUCUCAUUCUCUAGCUCCGCCGGGGAAAAGGUUGUUUCUAGUAAUGACCAAUUAGUGUUUGAGAGGCCACUUUCAAAAGUUUGUAGACCAGCAAUUAAUUCUGUUGAUUUUGGGCUCUCUGCUAGCAAUUUGAAGAAAUCUGCCACACUAUUAGCUCAUGACAAAAUUUCACCUGGGGUUGUAGCUGCUGAAGAGUUUAAUCCGGAUAAGAAUUCUUCUCAGCUUAUAAAAGGUGGUAGCCCUUUUAGACUUUCAAAAAGUCAUGCUUCUGAUGAUGAAUGUUUUGCUUCUAUCAAGGAUUCAUCAUCCCUUACGGUUGGAGCUACAAGUCUUCUUGGAAAUUCUGGGUGCAAUUUGAAUUUAGAUAGAGGUACCAAGAGUCAUUGUGAAACUGAAAAUGUGAUUGGGCUGUGCGCCCGAUUGAAUGUGUCAAAUAAAUCUGCAAAUUUUCCUGAAGUUUCAGGAAGAGAGUUUAAGGAGAGUGCCACAACAUCGAUUGCCGGCAAGACAACUGGUGAACAUGUUGAUAAGCAUGAAAAUCAAGCACCUAUUAGCCAAGUUGAAUCUCCUCGAGCUUUGCAGGAAAAAGAUGGCUCAGUAGGGGCUUGUGUUGAAGCUUCUUUGAAUAGUAAGUUCCAAAAGGAAUAUGAGGAACAAGGUGCAAAGUCUGCUUCCAAUUUGCAUAAAGUGGACAAAUUUGGGAGAUUGGUCAGGGAGGGUGCUAGUGACAGUGACUCUGAAGAUCUACAUUAUAAUGAGAGACAAAAGAAGCGAGGUAGAAGUCGAAGCCGGUCACCUCUUGAUCAACGGAGGAGGAGGAGUCGACGGAGGAGAAGGGAGAAACGAAGCCGAUCUCGGAGCUGGUCUCCCAGAAAUCAAAGAAGCAGGAGCAGGUCUCCCAGAAAACGAAGAAGCAGGAGUAGGUCUCCCAGAUAUCGAAGAAGCAGGAGUAGGUCUCCCAGAUAUCGAAGAAGCAGGAGCAGGUCUCCUGUUUCUAGGCACAUUGGAGACUUCUGUGGUGACAGCAUGAGACGGGAAAGGGGCCAGAUUCCAGAGUGUUUUGACUUCCGUCGAGGCAGGUGCUAUCGUGGUGCAUCUUGUCGGUAUUUGCACCAUGAUUCUGACAAGGGUGCAGGGUCAAAGCACCACAAGAGCAAACAACAGUGCUUGGAAGUUCCACCCAUUCUGGAGAACUCUAAUAUUUAUGAAGACAAGAAGUCAAACUUGUCAAAAGCAUCAGAUAUAGAGUAUGAUCAAGUCAAGAUUACAGAAAUGCAACACUGUCAAGAUGUGCCUGGUAGCAUUUCUGGUCAGUUAAUUGAGUCUCACACAAUUAAAUCUGGAAUUUCUAGAGAGGCAGCUGCCAAAGUGUUGGAAAAACAGUUUCUCAAAGAGCAGACAGAAGUGCCUAUCACUCUCACUAAUAAGAUAUGGCAGGAAUCAAUUGAGUCUCAACACCCAAAGUUGGUGGUUGGUUUUCCUCCAUAUGCUUCUCAGAAAGAGCCUUUUCUGGAGAAAUCUAUGGUUAAGCAAUCUCAACCUAAUCUAUCAGAUCCAGUGCCUCAAAAUCCUAGCUGCCCACCUCAUCUGACAGAUAACUCUUCUGUUUCAGAUUAUGCUCCAGAGCAAACAUCCACAACUUCAGUAAAUAAAUUUCCUGUUAGUGAAGCAUUACAAAAUACUUCAAACUUUAGACAGCAUUCUCCUCAGCUGCCCCCUUCCCCACUUUCACAGGGUGUAACUACUCAACAUAUGACCCAGCCUUAUGUGUUGCCCAACCAACAAUCUCAUUUCUCUGUAUCAUCAAUUGCCUCUUGGACAUCAUUGCCACCACCACCACCACCACCACCGCUGGGAGUGUUGUCACAUUUCCAUCAGAGUCACUUGGCUUCUGGGGAUGGUGCUCAAAUUAUUCCAAGACCGUACGCAGCUGAAUUUCUUACUCAUUCUCAGGUUGGUGAUUUUCAGCAGCGGGUAUACCCUUCAAUGCAGGAGAUGCAUCAAUCUCUCUCACACGCAGAAGAUUAUAGGUUAAAGCCUCUGCCCCCAUACAACUUGACACAACUUCCGACAAUGGGUACAAAUGUUUCUUCCAUGGCUCAGGGUGAAAAUCAGCCUCAAGCUUCACCCUUUUCACUGGAAUUACCUGCAAACAGAAUGCAAACUUUUCCUGGUGACAAAUUGCUUCCAGGUGAACAUUUAAAGUCAGCUUCUCAGAUUCAUCCUUACCUGCAGCAACAACAGCCACCCUAUGGUGUGCACCACCUGGCAUCUGCCAAUUCUUCUUCCGUAUAUCCUCCAGAUCUUCAGGAAACAAAUCAAACAUCUCACCUGCCUGAUUUGAGAGGAUCAAGAAAUUCCACUCACUAUGGCCCUUAUGCAUCUACCUUGGUGCAGCCACUGAACUCCAAAUUCAGUUCUGAUGUUUCAAGGCGAGAGCAAGACACAAGCCACUUUAGUAAGCAUGUUGCUCCUUUCGGUUUGAGUAAUGCUCAGGUUGAUGGGCAAAAUAUUGGCAGUGCUGGAUCAAGACAAGCAACUACCUCACCAAAUUCUGCGAAGGAUGUUGGACAGAAUUUUCCUAGGUCUGGUGGUGAUCAGUACGAUCCUCUUCUUGAUAGCAUUGAUCCAUCUUCAAACUUCUCCAAAUCCAAGGAACAUAAUUAUGCUCAAAAGUUAGAAGCCAGCAGUGACUCUGACAUCAUGUUGAGGCACAGUGGCUCAAACAGACCAUUUGAUGUGAAAGAAAACAAGAAGAAGAAAGAGGUUGCCACUGCUGUGGCGGAUGAGGAGUAUGGUGAGACUGCUGAUGCUGAAGUGGGGGCUGUUGAGAAUGAUAGCCCUAGCAAUCCUACUCAUGCAGCCAGCAUUCCUGCAGGUGAGAUUGAGAUCGACCAGAUGAAGUCCCCAGGGAAGAGCAGGAGGAAUAAAGAGUCCCAUUCAAUGAAGCUUUUCAAGGCUGCCCUUGCAGAUUUUGUAAAGGAGGUUUUGAAACCAUCUUGGCGGCAGGGUAACAUGAGUAAGGAAGCAUUCAAGACCAUCGUCAAGAAGACUGUUGAUAAAGUCUCAGGAGCCAUGAAGAGUCAUCAGAUACCAAAGUCUCGUGCAAAGAUAGAUCAAUACAUUGACUCAUCACAGCGGAAACUCACAAAACUUGUCACGGGCUAUGUCGACAAGUAUGUCAAAAUGUGAGCAUUGGUAGGUGUUAUCCCAGCCGACAACAACUCUAGAUAAUUUGCGAAUGUUUUGGCAGUGAAUGCGGUGGUGUGACAAUGGAUAAAAUUUUUUCAGCUCAUUGAUAGAAUAUGGUUUCUCUGUUGUAAAGUUUGUACUCAAUACAUUCAGGUCAAAGUUCUUGAUGCUUAUAUCGAAACUUGGCCGAGUUCUGAGCAUGUUCCAAAUCAUGUACUUAAUGUUCCAAAAGUAUUGGUUAAUUAGUAACAGCAAAGUUGAAAGAAAGUAAAUUAAAUUUCUGGGCA